GUGCACCUGGGCGCCGCUGCUUCGAAAUGUGCUCGCCCCGGAUGAGACCACGCUCCACCACGUGCCCUACAUCGCCGACUCGGUGGUGAACGAUAUUGAGUGGCAGGACGACCUGCUGGAGCUGUACGACGAUCGGGUGCACAUGCCCGCGGAGCACUUCAUGACCGAUGACAUCCUCUCGGACACCGUUGAUGUCAUCACCGGCCAGGCCUGGGGCGAGGGAGACAUAGUGAUGUGGCCCAGGACACUAAAAGCUCCCGCAGAACCAAUCGCCGUCGACCAAGAGCUCGCCUUUGAGCUGGUCUCCCUGUACAUUGUCAACUACGCCUUCUCGCCUGAAGAGCUGAAGGAAAAAUAUCGAAACUACCAGCGGGUGAAGAACAAGGAGGCGCUGAACGUGAGCACGCUGAUGCCGAACAUUGACGGAAAUGAGGAGGAGGACCACAAUGCGGUUCACAGUCGCGAAGAGGCGCUGAACUCCUUUCAGGAGCUCUUCUGUCCGCAGUGCUUCAUCUACGACUGCAACUCGCAUGUCUUUUGCGAGCCCAUCAGUAAGCCCCAAAGCGAGGGAUGGCUCGCCCAGGGCACUUCUAAGCCCUGUGGAGAGGACUGCUACCUCAACUUUGUAAGCAGAUUUUUUGCCGUCUGUUUACAUUACCUCUAA